UAACAUGUUUUAUGAAGAAUGGGAUUUAUGUAUCAGUACUGUUACUUACCUACUUGGUUGGUUGGUUGGGAGAGAUGGUUUAAUUGCUAGUGUGUAAAUGUCAAGAGUGCGAGUGUUUAUUGCUUGUUUCAAGACACGUCUCUUCUCUCCUAUCUUUUAAGCGUGAUGGCUGUUUAAUAACAACAUGACGUGAAUUGUCUUAUAACGGCAGCUUUGUCUCGGGAGCUGGCCGUUGCCUUGCCUGGUGCUGUGUUGGAUGGUGGCGGGGUUUUGAGUCGAUCCCACGUGAUUCAGCUUUCCGAGCUCCCAAGCUUCAGUGUCAUCGACCGUGUACCUUUGUACUUGUCUAAGCUCCAACGACGAGUCUCAUUCUGGAGAACAGCUUUUCAUAGAUUCUACCCACUGGAUCUGUCCUUUUUUUUUUUUUUUUUUUUUUUUUUUUUAAUAUCGAACGCCUUCCAUAUUCGAAACGACACGUCUUCAGCCCUUGAAGCACUCAGCAAAGGCCAAACUCGUAGAGUAGAGCAAAACAAAGCACCCCGCCAACCCCUCUCCUCAUUCCCUUGCGACGACACGAUCAUCGAAAGCAAUAGCCACGUCGCAUACCUGCUUUAGUUACUCAAUCUUGUUGAAAGUCGGAAAAGAACCAAUUUAAUACGCUCACGAUGGCUGAAGUCGCUUUCGCAAAGACGUUUCUCACGUCGCUCGACUCCCGUCCCAUCAAGCUCUCUCCAGACCACAUCGAGGACCCCAAGACAUUUCCCCCUCGACCUCCCUACAUCCUCCCCCGCAUGCCAACGCCCAUGUCCAAACCGUUCGCCCGCUCCGCCCCCGGCCAAGAACCGAGCAUAACCAUCUCCCUCAAGUCCCUGCGCAACCCGCCCCUCGACAUCACCCUCCCCGCCCUGCCGCUCAGCACGUCCGUCCUCGACGUCAAGGCCGCCGUGCAGGAGCAGACGCGCAUCCCCAUUGACAAGAUGAAGCUGCUGCUCAACAAGCGGCCCGUCGUGGACAGCAAGGUGCUCAAGGAGCUGCGCGCGAGCGAAGCCGACAGGACGAUUGAGUUUUCCGUCAUGGUGAUUGGCGGCGCGGCGGCGAUUCCGCCGCCCGAGGAGAUGGCUGACGACGUGCCUGUUUCGACGGCCCAGGCGGAUGAGGCGACGGUGGAGGCGGAGCUUGAGGCGGAGGCGUUCUGGGCGGAUCUCAAGGGCUUCUUGCAGCAGCGGCUCAAGGCUCAGGGCAAGGGCGAAGAGCUAGUGAACUUGUUUAGAUCGAGCUGGCAGGCAAGCAAAUCAAGUUCUUAAAAUCUACAACGGGGCGUGGUAUGAGAAAAUAUUGGGUCUCCUUUUAGCAUCUUCUUUUCUUAAUAGAGCAUACUUUUCUUUCAUUUUCGUCCAUGUAGCAAAACUGAUUUCACCGGUGCAUACACAUUCCCACACCUUGAGUUCGAAAGACGAGUCCGAUUUUUUUUCCCUUGAGUACGGUAUGAAUCAUCAUCUGUAGCGCUAGCACAUCUGAAAAAUUACCUAUGCCUAUCCAUCGAAUAAACACAGUUCCCCCUUUGCAUCACUCCCAUUCUAAACGAAGUACACGGCGGUGCCUCCCUUCUUUUACUUCCCACUUUCGUAGCUAUCCCUCUUUCCUCCUUAACACUUGGAUUACAUUGUCGCGGGCGUGGUUCGCUUAUGCGUUCAUCUUGGCAAGGACGGCGUUGAGGAUGGAGCUGUGCUCAAGGUCGUCAGAGUCGUUGGCCUGGAGCUCAUAGGCGAAGCCCUCGAGGGAUCGCUUGAGAGCCUCCUUGGAGGCGGCGUAGAUCAUCUUGGGGGACACCGGCAUCAUCGGGAGACCAGGCAAUGAG